AUGAUGGGAGACAAUAUCAUUCUUCUCGCUGUUAUUUCACUGUUUUCUGCGUGUCAGCAAGCGUACUAUGCCAGGCUUGUGGGGAGAUCUAGAAUGAAACACAAGGUCACGCCUCCAGCAGUCACAGGACCUCCAGAAUUUGAGAGGACAUUCCGUGCACAGCAAAACUGCGUAGAGAUCUACCCCAUAUUUCUUGUUCUUCUUUGGACAGCAGGCACAUACUUUUUUCAAGAAGUGGCUGCAGCCUUUGGAUUGCUGUACAUAUUUGCACGACACACCUACUUUAAAGGCUAUGUAGCGUCUGCAAAGGACAGGAUCCCUGGAUUUUAUCUCACCCUGAUAUCUUUAUUCCUGUUACUUCUUGUUGCUCUCCUUGGAAUUACAAAUGGCCUGCUUAAGACUUACCUGGAUGUAAAUGUGAUUAAAAAGAUGAGUCACAUGUUCUAA